GGUCUGUUUUUUUUGUGAACCUUUUUUUUUGAUUUCCAUAGCUGCAUACAGAAGGCACCUGUCCUGCAUGUUGGGCCAUGGCAAUUCUUGUGUGAAGCGCCGGCUGCAAUGUUGGGCUCUAGCGCUCUAUGUGGCGCUGUGUAUUCUUUGGCGUUCACCGCCAUUCAGGCGAGAUUCAGAUCCUGGCGCCUUCGCAUUGCCUCUGCCGGGACGGACAGGUGGGCAAGAACCACCAGAGCCAGAACAUGAGAAUCAGUUUGUCAUCGACGUGGCGAACGAACUCUGGUUUGCAGCUGAUGAUUUGCUGACAGCUGGGUCCUUUAUGGGUGAUGAGGGCUGGGCGAACCGCGGUGAAAGCCCAGCAACCCUUGGAGCUGUUGGAAUUGCCAUGAGGAAUUCGGCUGAAGCCUUGCUCUUUGCCGAUUGGUGGACCGUGGCCGGCGAACUGGAGGUGGCCGGUGCAUCAGGUGACUUCUACUUUGAAGAGCAGGAUUUUCUGGACAUGACACAGGCGCUUCCAGAGGAGUUUGAUCGCUGGGGCCCAGAGGAGGCCUCCGCCAGCUCCUCGUCCGCCCAAGUAGCCUUGCGUCGCCUCAGCAGAGUGAUGGAUGACCUAGCGGAGCGGGUGGGAAAUGGCUCCGUCGCUGGCCAGGCGUUGCGGCGCAGCGCGGAGAAUUGGCGCCGCUGUGCGCGGCUACUGGCUGGGCAGGAGGCAGAUGCGGAAGAGCAGUCGUGAGACAAAAGUUUGGAUUUCCGCGAUGUCCUGCCAAA